ACACACAAACACAUAUAGGAAACUGAAGCUCCUGCACAUCACCAUUUAGGAAGCACAAAACACCAACUGCUGGAUCAUCGUAGGUCAUUAGGUUCAGCUGAGAUUUGCUUCAACUGUACUGUUAGACAUGUCAAGGGUGUUGGAGCCUCUCAUUGUGGGGAAAGUGAUUGGUGAGGUGCUGGACCAUUUCAACCCCACGGUGAAGAUGGUGGUCACCUACAACUCCAACAAGCAGGUCUUCAACGGACAUGAGUUCUUCCCUUCCGCAGUCACCGCCAAGCCGCGUGUUGAGGUCCAAGGGGGUGACCUCAGGUCCUUCUUCACAUUGGUGAUGACUGACCCUGAUGUUCCAGGACCUAGUGAUCCCUACCUGAGGGAGCACCUUCACUGGAUUGUUACUGAUAUUCCUGGGACUACUGAUGCUUCUUUUGGGAGAGAGGUGGUGAGCUACGAGACCCCAAAGCCAAACAUUGGCAUCCACAGGUUCAUCUUUGUGCUGUUCCGGCAGAAGCGCCGGCAGGCGGUGAACCCGCCGUCGUCCAAGGACCGCUUCAGCACCCGCCAGUUCGCUGAGGACAACGACCUCGGCCUCCCCGUCGCCGCCGUCUACUUCAACGCACAGCGCGAGACCGCCGCCCGCCGGCGCUAACCGUACGGCUGAACGUACGAAACAAGACCAACCAACGACCCUAAGUACCUGAUCAUCUUGCAAUUAGCUGCGCAAGCCCCCUUUUUUUUUCCUCUUAAGUCUUAAUGUAUGUUUGUUCAAAUAAAAAGGUAGCUAAUCAGCUGCUUGCCUGUGACCCCAUGAGCUAGCAGCUACAACCUACUACUAGUACUUGCUGCACAUUCUAGAUGAUUUGUGAAGGUGACAAUAUGAUUGGUAGUAGGGUUGCAAUGUUGACUGGGCAUAGUGUGACAACUUAAGCAAAAUAUAAUGGCCAUGGAGGACUACGUGUCGAGUGGUGAAGGGGAAGGGAGAGCAACGGCCAUGACUCUUGUAUUACAUUGCCUACUAUUCUGUCAUAUAUGCUGGAGAGUGCUUUGUUUGUUUGAUCCUCUCACUA